UAUAAAUACAUGCAAAUUCUCAAAGCUUUUAUCACCUUCAAGGCUCAGAUCCCACUUUCAAAUUACUUUUCUCAAAAGUCAAAAACCAAAAAUUAAUGGCUGAUCACCAGGAAAACCCUCCUUUGAUCAUCUCCAAGAUUGCCAUCAUUGGAGCUGGAGUUAGCGGCAUCGCAGCUGCUAAACAGCUGUGUCACCAUAACCCCGUUGUUUUUGAGGCCUCGGAUUCAAUAGGAGGGGUAUGGAAAAGCUGUGCUUAUAAUUCUACUAAACUACAAUCGCCUCGUAAGGAUUACGAGUUCUCGGAUUUUCCAUGGCCUAAUCGAGAUGAUCCAACUUUUCCAUCUCAUGUUGAGAUUUUGGAUUACUUGGAAUCAUAUGCUAAGCACUUUGAUGUGUUGAAGUUUGUCAAGUUCAAUUCAAAGGUUGUGGAGCUCCACUUUGCUGGUCACCAGGAAACAGUACAUGAGCUCGCAGGAAAUGCUGGGGAGUAUGGAAGUCUUUUGCCAGGAAGGCCUGUUUGGGAGAUUGCGGUGCAAACCAACGAUUCAAAAAACCUUAAGUGGUAUGCCUUUGAAUUUGUCGUUGUUUGCAUUGGAAAAUAUGGGGACAUACCCAAAAUUCCAAUUUUCCCACACAACAAAGGCCCUGAGAUGUUUCAGGGGAAGCUCCUUCAUUCCCUUGAUUACUGUAAGCUGGACAAGGAUGCUGCUUCUCAGCUACUUAAAGGAAAGAAGGUUGUCGUUGUUGGCUACAAAAAAUCAGCCAUUGAUUUAGCUGUAGAGUGCGCAGAAGCAAAUCAAGGGCCGGAAGGGCAACCGUGCACCAUGGUGGUAAGGACACUUCACUGGACUGUUCCGCAUUAUUGGGUCUGGGGUUUGCCUUUCUUCCUGUUCUAUUCUACAAGAUCUUCUCAAUUCCUCCAUGAAAGGCCUAACCAAACCAUUCUCAGGACCCUCCUUUGCUACCUCUUAUCUCCCAUGAGGCGUGGAGUUUCAAAGUUCAUUGAGUCCUACUUGCUUUGGAAACUUCCAUUACAGAAGUAUGGAUUGAAACCUGACCACCCAUUUGAGGAAGAUUAUGCAUCUUGUCAGAUGGCCAUCAUGCCAGAAAAUUUCUUCACUGAGGCUGAUAAGGGAAAUAUUGUUUUCAAAAGAGCAUCGAAAUGGUGGUUCUGGAAAGAAGGAAUUGAGUUUGAUGACAGUACUAAAAUGAAGGCUGAUGUUGUAAUUCUUGCAACUGGUUUUGAUGGAAAGAAGAAACUCAAAACUAUUUUACCAGAGCCUUUCCGUAGUUUUAUAGAAUAUCCUUCUGGAAUCAUGCCCUUGUAUAGGGGCACAAUCCACCCAUUGGUACCGAACAUGGCUUUUGUGGGUUACGUCGAAAGUGUUGCGAACCUUCACACAUCAGAGCUGCGUAGCAUGUGGCUUGCCCGACUUGUCGAUGAAAAAUUUAAGCUCCCAAGUGCUGAAAAUAUGCUAGAACAAAUAUCUAGAGAGAUGGCGGUAACGAGGAGGACAACCAGGUUCUACAAGAGGCACUGCAUUUCCACUUUUAGCAUUAACCACAGUGAUGAAAUUUGUGAAGAAAUGGGAUGGAACUCUUGGCGGAAGAAAAGCUGGUUAUCAGAAGCAUUUAGCCCUUAUUGCAGUCAGGAUUAUGGUCAGGAAAAGUAA